AUGGCCUCUGCCCGUGCUACGUUCGUUGAGCUGCAGCAGUUGUACAAUUUCGACGAGAAGAUUGUCGACAAGAUAGUCGCCUCAGGGGUGACGUCACUGAGUGAGUUUCGUUUCUUUUGCAAAGACGAAGAGGAUGUAGUCACUACCUUCAUCACGCCCUUGGGGCUCGAGAAUGAACGCCUGGAGGGCGCUCGCCUCAAAAGGGCAUGGGCCGCAGUAGUGACUGCAGAGAAGGCUCGGGAGGCCAGCCAAGUGGAGGGAAUCCCGCUGGAGGAGGAUGAAUGCCUCCCAGCAACCACUUUGGCAACUAUGAAGGAAUCUUUUUGGAAGCGGUAUCACUGGAUGCCUCCUCCCGAGCAACAGCCCAGUGACAAGUUGCUCUCCAAAGUCAAAAGGUCGCUUGAAAAGAAGAACAUUGAAGUGUUGAACAUGUUCCAGGUGAAGUCCUUAGUCAACCAGCGGCAGGGCACCACCAAGCGUCGCAAAGUCGCCCCCAAAAUCUGGGUCGGCGAGGAUCCCGAAGAUGACGAAGUCGCGGUUGAAGAUGUUUGGGCCUACUUGGACAACAUGUUCAUCUACAUGGUCGCGCUCGCGAUGGCAGGGGUGACAGCAAUUAUUCAGCCGGCGCCAACAGCAGCAGAAGGUCCUUCCACCAACUCCUGUGACUAUGUGGAGUUCCCUUUGGAUUUGGCAUGGAAAUACCAUUUCCGGGCCGUGCAGACCGUGAAGAAGAUCCCUGAGAGGGCGCGUUUGCCCCACGUUUCAUCCCUGGACUUGCAGGAGCGAGCGUUGUGGUGCCAGAAGUACGCCACAGGGACAGAGAAGCUGGGAGCUAUCGUCCUGCAGAUUUACACUGAGAGAGAUGUGCAUUGGGCAGCUGCUACCCUCUUGCCUUCUCAAUCUGGAAGACUUUCCAUGGCUCCGCCUGAGCCGGCGGUGGCCCCGAGAGCUCCUACAGCGGCCGUCUCUGCGCCGUCGGGCAACAAGUUGGCAGCCACCUUUCGAGAUGGAACUCCGCUAUGUGAAGCAUGGAACCAAGGACGCUGCCCCCACCAGAAGGCCAGGAAUUGCGCGAAUGGUGAACAUCGUUGCUCGCAUCGCCUGAAGAGCGGCCGUGUCUGUGGCGAUCCGAAUCAUGUAGGGUCCAAUGACGUCUCACCACUGGAGAAUCCAGAAACAGCUGACGCCCAAGGCGCUCUGGAUGAAUUCCAGUUGCAUGUCCGCUCCUUGAUGGAGCAGUGGUCAGAACAGUGUACCACGGAUGACAACGGGCCUGAAUUGCCUGUCUUUUUAGAUAUGCUUAGUGGGCCGAAGUUCCCACUGGCUAAGGCAUUUGAAUGGGCUGGUUGGAAAGUGGUGCAACCGCUAGAUAUCCUGAUCGAUCCUGAAUUUGAUCUCACCAGCAGCACCGUGCAGAAAGCCGUUGCCAAGAUUUUGCCACAAUGCCAUGCAGUCAGUGCCGCCAUGGACUGCAGCACUAAGAGUCGCAUCCGUGAAAUUGCCCUGCCAGGAUCAGCCGGGCCACGGCCACUGCGUUCCCAGAAGUUUCCGAGAGGACUGCCGCACCUGAAAGGUAGGGACCGUGACAGAGUUACCAGUGACAACAGCUGCAGUGAUUUCCUGCUAGCUGUGCAGCAUGUCAUGCACUUGAAGUCCAGGGCAGCGUUUAGGGAGAAUCCCCGCCGCAGUCUACAUUGGGUUGACCCUAAUGAGGUAUGGAUGCAACAGUAUGGUGGGUGGUUUGAUUUUUUGUAUGACAAUUGUUGUUUUCUGGCGGCUCGGAAGAAAGCCCAGACAAUCAGGCACAACAUAGAAGAGAUGAGAGUGUUGCCUGAUCUGACAUGCGGUCAUUGGCACAAUGAGACCGACUGGAGGCCUUACUUAGUCCGAGGCAACUGGUGUUACCCAAGUGCUGAGGAAGCCGAAUACCCUGCUAGCUUGGUUUUUACUCUUGCAGUCUGUUGUUCCCAUUGGGCAGCCAAUCGGGGUUUUGGAACCUUGCGCAUCUCACGUUUGCCGCCUGUUGAAUGCUCAGGUGACCGAAGAGAAUGGACGUCAUGGGACCCAGCAACCUUCAGGGAGCACUCUAUGGUGCCUAUGGCCGUUGCCCUAGGUUUGACCCCAACAGCAGUUUUGGGGUGCAGGAUCGCAUGUGACUGCCUCAGUAACGAGACCUGCCAUGUUGACGUGAUCAUUGCCAAGUGGUUGGAGGCAAAUAGCAGGGGACAGCCCCAGCGAUUGGGUCACAGGUCAGUGCAGCUGACCAGUGGACGGGUCUGGAUAGCAGCAGUUAGAGUAGUCCAUGCUGUGCCGCAGAUGUUUUCACAAGCUGCUGCAAUGGCAGCCAUUCGAGGGCAAUUCCCAAUGUUAUCAUUUCAGGAUGUUAAGUGGCCUCUGCUGGAAGACAUCAUUAAUUCAGCGCCUUUCCAGAGUUUUCGAAUGUGGUUGUCAGAGAAUGGACAAGUGGCUGAUGGGCCCAUAGGAUCCAGUAUGCUCAACCGUACUGGGACAGUUGUUUUUCGUGCCGGCAUGGCAGAGCAAGCAGGUGCUGGUGCUCGCAAAACAGCCGCCCCCCCUGUAGUGCCGUUCAACUUAGCCCCAGAUGAGCAUUUCGCUGCAUCGCUAAGGGUCCAAGCCGACGGAGGACCGCUCGAUUUCCCAGCGCCAGUGGACUUGGACAUCGCCUUUGCUGCACAAGGCAUGGUGCAGGAGUUCAGCAGCUUGACAGCUGCCAGGCAGUUUGCUGUCGAACAGCUCCGGGCCCUCAGUUAUAGGUUGCAAGAAAUUUCUGAGUACAUCCGUAGCAUGCAAGUGCCAGUGUUGCGAGACGUGAAUCCUAGCGUUCAUUUCAGCCUUGUAGCCUUGCUUAUUGCUAUAAUCCAUUGGCCUGAUACUGGGUUUUGCCAAGCUCUUUUCAAUGGCUUCCCAGCCGUCGGGUUUUGUCCGCCUUGUGGUAUCUGGGACACCCAACCUGCUCAAUUUGUUUCCUUGGAGGAUGCACUUGCAGGAGGACCGCGGGACGCCCAGGAUUUGCUGAAGCAAUUGCGGGUCUCCGAGCUGGAGACAAUUGAAGAAGCAGGGGAAAGUAAUCUGCUAGAUGAUGUCGUUACAUGUGGCGAAGAUUUGCCGGACGCCUACAGGUUGAUGGCCAGUUUCUACUACGACGACUGUACCCUCCAAGAUUGGAAUAGUCAUGCAGCCGCAGCCCAGCAGUGCAUGUGCACAGCUAUGGAACUGCUAGGAGAAGAUUCUGGACAUCAUAGCUACCGCGCGGAGAGAGCUUCGGAUGCUGCGCAAGAAGAGGGUUUUGGUUCAGGAGGAUUCCUGUUGAGUGACAAACACUGGGUUCGCCGUGGGGCCGAAGUGGUGAUCACUGAGGCCAUCAGCGCCCAACUGGACAUCGACAUGGCAAGGCAUAGCUUGAUCCUCCUUGCUUUGACCUUUGCGCUCGCGCGCUGUUUCCUGUAUGCUUCCAGCCGGGAUCAGUCCUCAGUCUCUUUGCGCGCGGAAGGGAAGAAGAGGAUGACGCUGCAGGAGGUUCGAGAGCGUGAGAUGAUGAAAGAAGCUGCGAUGCAGAAGGAGGCGCAAGAAAAAGAAGCGGCGCAGAAGUACCGGCCGGGCACCUAUGUCCCGGACGACAAGAAAGAGAUCACGGAAGACAAUCCUUUGAUUUUCUUGGCGCCUGUGGCCGCGUGGGCUAUCAUUUCAAGCGGAUUGUGGAUCAACGCCAACAUCGUGAAUCCUCCAAAGGAAAAUUUCAGUUUGCUGCCCAAAGAGAUGAGGGCCCCACCGCCCCAGUGAGGAACACAACAUGAAGCAACCACUGUGGGCCGGGGUUCUUUUUAUAUGUUGUUGUUCCUGCCUUUUUUCAAACCAUAAACCACUGAACAUGCUUUUGUUUGGGUUGUCC